UAUGUCAUUUAUUGGAAAAGUCCUAUUAUUUACAGCUCUAGCUGGAUACAGUUACCUUAUAUUCACUGAUGUAUCAAUUGGAAAACAAUUUGAAACUAAGUAUGUUGAAUUCUAGAAACAUCAAUUAGUCAAAUAAGUAAUUUACCAUACUAAAUUCAAGUAUAUACCUUCUGAUACUUUCAAAUUAUUGCCAGCAGUAUUAGCCAAAUAAGUUGUUGCAGGACUUAUUGCAAGUUCAGCAUUAAUGUUUUUAUGUGGAUGGUAAAUCUAAUUUUAUUAAUCAUUAAGUCUAGUAUUUUUACCUGUUCUUGGAUUACUCUUGUAAGUUGCUAUAACAGCUAAUCCAUUAAUUAAUAAUGAUUAAACAACAUAAAUUGAAUUUUUGAAAAUUAUGGCAUUAAUUGGAGGAUUAUUGUUAUGGUCAUCAUCCAAUUGUUCAGCUAAAAAAGCAACCAAAGUUAAACCAGAAUGAU